AUGUGCUCCGCAUUCCGGAUAUACGUCGCGGCAGUCUUAUGUGUGGCCCUCGUGUCGGGUCAUGUCCACGGGCCGCGGAGGUCACGUGUCAUGGAUUCAGAGGAUUAUGCACAAAACGAAGUAGACAGCGGGCGAGCAGAAGAGAGUUCGUGGUGGUCUUCUGGUGAUUUCUUUAUUUUAAGGAAACUUUAUGACGACUGCAGUGUGCAGAAACAUAUGACAUUAUGUUUGAAGGGCAAGGCCUUAUCCGCUCUAACUAGGGCUGUUGAGCAGGAAAGCAUUCAGCUGGCCGAUGGGUUAACUUUGGUAAAACAAGCUGAUGCACCUGAGGCAGUGGCGGAGCCUCGAUUCUUCCCCGGUAUGUCGCUAGAAGACAAAGUCGAUACCAUGUUACGCAAAAAGUUCGAGCAGUUGAUGUCGACGCACACGGUUAGCAUGGACCUGGCAUCGGAAGGUAGAGGUAGAGGUAAAAAGGUGUUACCGUACUUAUUGCUCGGUAUUUUCACCACUAUGAGCAUCGUCGGUGGUAUGGCAUUAAAGACACUUGCUGCCAUCGCCGGCAAAGCCCUCAUCGCCAGUAAGGUGGCGUUGACGAUUGCCGGAAUCAUUGCCCUCAAAAAACUGUUCAGCCACGAAACGCCCGCUGAGACUACAUUCCAAGUGCACGCAGAUGGACACCAUAGGCGGGAUCUGUACGUGGUGAGGCCAGUGAGUGGGUGAGCAGUAGAUUUUGAAGGUUACGGUGCGCUUGCGGCGAGGAAAAAUGCAAUUGCGCAGCGCCAGGAGCUAACUGCUCCCUCCACACUGCAUGCCUCAUCCGCCUGUCUUCAUAAAACUCCACAAACAACCUCAUACCAAAGUACUGUCCGUGUCGUGGACAAUAAUUCUCCUAAGACGAAUCGGUCGUCCGCUCCU